AAUAUUUAUCCCCCAAAGAAGAAUUUAAUAAGUUGUUUGACGCUGAAGCCUAACGCGACUCACUCAGAGUUGUCGUGUUUAUAAUUUCAGUAUUCAUCCGGGCCGGAGCGCCGGGCGAUUCACAGGCGACCAGAUGGACUCUAAACUCGACCCGGAUCCAACUCAUGACCAAUUAUUGGCUCCAGUGGAUACCGAUGACAAAGCCUCUUUAGAUUCGGAGAAUCAUAAUAAAAGGGCUAUCGCUAAAUUUCCGGGAAGCCAUCCGCUGUCAGCAGAGAGUGCAAAUGGUAUUGAAGCUUUAAAUGUGCAAUUACUCCAAGAGAUUCAAUCAAUGGACUCGGAGGUCAAGGAUAGUAAGCUCGAUGAAUCCAAAAUUGUGUUUCCUAAGAAUGAUAAGGAGUUAUCAGUUCCCUUAACUACAAAACAGACAGCUUUAGGAGACUUGCAGAAUGAUAAUGAAAGGCUAGUGCUUAAAUCUGUGGGGAAUUCUGCACUGUUGACGGAGAGUGGAUCCUCUGCUGAAGCUGCUAAGCUUUCUGGCACCAAAAGAGCUCAACCUGAGUCCUCUCGUCACCCUUCUCCAGGGGGUACUGCGGCUAAUGGCCAUUUUGUGUAUGUGCGUAGGAAAGCUGAAACUGAAGCAGGUAAAUGCAGCAACGAUGACAGCACAAGUAUUAGUGCCGAUCAUUCUCAAUCAAAGGAAAACAGUCACCAGAAUGAGAAUAUCGAGGAACACUUACAGGAAAAGGAAUCUAAUAUUGUGGUACCAGAAGCUUCAAAUAUUGAGAGGUUAUCUGUAGAGUGCGUGUCCAAAGCGCCAGCAGGUUCCCCCCCGGUGUCAAAGUCCAGUAAUACUUUUCCAUCAACAGUCUCAAAUCAUUUGCCAGUUAGGUCUUCUCAGCCUUCACUGGGUCAUCGAAAAAGAACAAAAGUCCAACACUGGGAGGAGAGAUAUUACAAGUUGCAGAACUUAUUAAAACAAUUGGAUAAUUCAAGUCAUGAAGGCUAUGUCCAGAUGCUCCGCUCAUUCUCGUCAGUUGAACUCAGUAGGCAUGCUGUUGAACUAGAAAAAAGAGCAAUUCAGCUUUCUUUGACGGAAGCUUUCUCUUCAUUACAGGUAGAGAAUGGGAAAGAGUUAUGCUUUUGGAUGUUCUUGGCAAUAAUCCAACGAGUUUUAUAGCAACCUCAACUCAGCAAGAACAGUCAAGAGUGAAGGGACAGUAAAAAAUGUAGACCUCACAUUGCUUGGACUCUUGAUGGGGUAAAUCCCCUGUAAAAUCUGUAAUCUACUAGUUGUGGGUAGGUUUCAAUGAUACCGUCUUCAUGUCUUUUAUUAAUUUACUUGGCGGAUGUUGUAUCUGAUUGUUAUAUACAUCGUUGUUACCUUGUAAAUCAUGUUAUAACAUCAUAUCCUUUAUACAUCUUACAAAUUGGUAGACA